AUGCCCCCUGACUUGGUAGUCGUACAGUUUACCUUUGACUCCAAAGAGAAAACGACAACGAAGCGAACUCGCAGCUAUUCGAAUCGGAUCGAUCAAAGAACUAUUCAGACAGCUAGAAGCUUGGCAGAAGAACAGCAGAAUCAUGGCCGAUAUGCCUGGGGAGGUCCCGAGCCUCAGUACCGAAACCUAGUGCAUACACAGCGAGCUCACGUACAAUGUUUGCACAGUAUCCUCUUACCAGUCUCAACUGAAGUCUGCUAUCGUGAGCCCGAAUGCAGACUCAAGUCCCACCAGAUAUACGGACGUACGGCGGAGACCAAGGACGACGAUUGGGGAUGUGACGAGUGCUUCAAAAAGGGACUCAUUCGGAUCAACAAGGCAUGGGAACGAUACUGCAAUUGCGGAAACGAGUAUAACCGCGAAACAGGAGAAGGCGCAUACAUUAAGUGGAUGUGCGCAGGUUGCACUCAAAAAAACUUCAAAAACGGGGGAAAGGUUCUUAUUAUCUAUCCGAUAACGGAAACUUUCUGUGGUCUAUGCGGGUUCGGGCUCCAUGAUGAGGUCGGGAAACCAAUGGGGAGAAGUCCUACUGCUGUUGCUGCUCCGCACCCGCCGCCGGGGUGGGCGCUUCUGCCGGAGCCCCCUAAAUAUGACUGGAUCUGUGAGAAGUGCGGUAAACUAUUGGACGGACUGCACACCGCGUGUACGAACAAGAAGGGAUGUGACGGGGAGCGAGAGGACGGGACACCAGUUCUCAAGAUGGUGGGAUAG